AUGUUGAUCAAUUGGUUUACAGGAAGCGAAGUAUCGACGGGCGGUACCAAAGCUGAGGAAUGCAAAGACACGGACAAGACAUGUACGCCGCAAUCCUGCUUAGAUCGCCCUUACACAGCACGUACAAAAUGCGCCAAAACAUGUGGAUUUUGCGAAACAGGCUCUUCGCAUGGCUCUCUGAUCGAUCUCAGGACCCCAUCCAUCGACCAGCCAGAUGGUGGCUCAAUUAUCACUCUCGACACCGACGACACCAGCGGAUCCAGGCCUGGUACAGCGAAGUCCGGUCACUCGGUGGUUUCCGGUGGCGAUAGCAGAAGACCCUCAACAGGUGGUAUAAGUAGCCGAACCGAUUCAAUAAGAAAGCCACCAUCUACGCCAGUAUUCAGUCUAACCACCACUCGACCACCUGUUGGCGGGAAAACGAGAUAUCCCGGACGAACAGGUAUGUCUAUAGUCGUUAUUUUAAGAUUCACUCGAUUUGAAAUAGCUGUACUGGUGUUAAUAGUGUUUUUUUGUUUUUGUACUGGGUUCUUCCUUUAUCUUACAUUUCAAAAAUAA